GACAGAGGGAAGAUGGCAACGGGGGGAAAAAAAGAGAGAAUGAUUGUGAAAUCAGAAAAUUCUUUGUUGUUGUCUAAAAAGGAGUAAUCUAUGCGACAAAAGAAGGAUACAUUUUUUUUCGGCGAUCUUGUUUGCGUUCGUGUGUAGUUUUGUUGUUGUUUAUUUUUGUAAUGUUGGCUCCAUUUUUACAGGGUACACCCUGAUCGACUGACAGUGGAAUUGCCCGUAUAGCCACCGUUAGCAUUUUGGCUAACCAGCAAGCUAAGUUGUUUUCGUGGAAAUCACUGCGUGAGUAUCUGCCCGUUCAACUGAAAGUGGUGGUUGACUUUCAGUCCUGGGAGAGCAGUUGGGGCUAAGGAAGGCUAAGCCAAUCGCUGCUGGUUGGUGACUUGCUUGAAAAGCCAACGUUGCACUGGAGCAGCCAGCUAGGGCCAUGAGCCAGGGCUUCCUCCUCCCUCUGUGGACCAGAGCCAAAAUGGAGGUUUAGCCCAGACAGACGCUGAGCAAGUGUUCAGUGCUGCGGGUCCUCUGCCUAGGCAUGGCGUGCUGUUGGCUGCAGACUGGAUGACAGUGUCUUCAGGGAUGCGCAUCCCUCUGCACGGACACCCAACCCCCAACCCCCUAACUGACCACCGCUGACCCGUUACCACGGUGACACUGACACCGAAUUCAUGUGCCAGGGCCUCUCUCCUCCUCUUCUCUGACCCUUGAUCCCUCUGGAGGUCAGGAUGAGCUGGCUGAGCCGGCUGACCCCUCGAGGUCCGGGGGGCAGGUCCAGUAGGAACGUAGCACCCUCCAGUCCCUGUACUGCUGACCCAGAGACCUGCCUCAUGGUGUUCGAGAACCACUGGAGACAGGUGUCCUGGGUGCUGGAGCAGCAGGAUCCGUCAAGCUCUAGCGAUGACCUCACCGCGGUGCGGAACCACACCGACCAGAUGCUGUGCCUCCUGGCCGAGGAGCGACCGGGGGAGUGUGAGGGACCCCCCGGGGCGGUAACGUCCGGCAACGUCCCCCCCAUUGGCCCCAUCCUGGACCUGGUGGUGUCUGAGAACGUCCUGGAGCGUGUGGUGCAGUGGCACCUGAGGCGUGGCCUGGACCCCGACAGCCAGGGGGCGUUACUCAAGCUGUUCGAGAUGCUGAUAGGCCAGUCUCAGCAGCCCUUGCUCCAACACAAGGCGGUGCUGCAACCUCUACUGGGUCUUCUGGGGGCCUGUGCUGAGCCCCAGCUGGGCUGCCCUCCCUCUCUGGAGAACAGCCUAGUGCUGCUGCUCAACCAGAUCUGUGUGUCGAUGGCGCGUGCCCCUGCGGUGUUGGAGCUGUUGUUCAGGUCAGCCCCGGCCCAACACGGUCCUACCAACCUGCUCAUCUUCUCCCUGCUGGUUCCCUUCAUCCACCGUGACGGGGCCAUCGGACAGCAGGCCCGCGACGCCCUCCUCCUCAUCAUGGCAACCUCCGCCAGCAACCAGGGCGUGGCACGCUACAUUGCAGAGAACUCCUACUUCUGCCCGGUGCUGGCCACGGGCCUCAGUGCUCUCUACUCCUCCCUGCCGAGGAAGAUAGAGGUGCGGGGGGAUGACUGGCACGCUCUGCGAAGGGAGGACUGGAUGGGCGUGUCCUCUCUGGUGCUCUUCAUGAACUCUCUGGAGUUCUGUAACGCUGUCAUCCAGGUGGCUCACCCCCUGGUCCGCAGACAGCUGGUCGACUAUGUUCACAACGGCUUCCUGGUCCCUGUCAUGGGACCCGCCCUACACAAGUCAUCUGUAGAUGAGAUGAUAGCCAGUACAACCUACCUGGACCUGUUCCUGCGCAGCGUCACGGAAACGUCUCUCCUUAAAGCCUUCCUGCGUUUUAUCCUCGUGCAUCGCCACGACAACGACACCAUCCUGGACACGUUGCUAACGCGCAUCAGCAGCAACUCGAGGCUGUGUAUGGUGUCUUUGAGCCUGUUUAGGACUCUGCUCUCUCUCAACUGUGAAGACCUCAUGUUGCAGCUCGUUCUCAGGUAUCUGCUGCCCUGUACCCAUGUGAUGUUGAGUCAGAGACGUGCCAUCAGGGACACUGAUCUCUAUGGUAAAUCAGCUGACAAGUUCCUGUCCCUGAUCCCCGACUGCUGCCGUCUGAGCACAGCGCCCUCUGCUGAGCGGGAGGAAGAACCUGCCCUUUGGGGGAAAGCCCUGAACAGCCCCAGCUCAGAGUCUCCAGUACACCACAAACCCAGCACUCCAUCCCGCUUGGCCCUCUUCAUGCGCCAGCAGAACCCUGGAGGAGGGCCCUCCACCCCCUCCCCCACCGAGACGGUCCCCUCGUCGCCCGGUGCUGGCCCCAACACCCCCCUGUCCCCAGAUAGCCCCAUGCACCCCAUCCCAGAGGGGCUGGACUGGGAGUCGGGGUACCUGGAGUACCUCAGGGACGCCCGUAGAGGGGUAGAGCUGUGCUCCUGGGCCUGCCGGAACUGGUCAGCCCCCUACGACGGAGAGGACCCCUCACCCAACGCGGCCCCUCUACCGCCCCCUCCCCCCACCUCCAACCCCUCCCUGGCCAUGUUCCCAGAGCACUUCUCCUUCCAGCAGGGAGAAGGAGGAGGUGGUGGUAGUACCUCCCCCAGCCAGCAGAGGGCAGCGGUGGUGGCAGCGGCGCGGUCAGAGUGGAGCAGUACAGAGAGGGACAGUGGGGAGUGGGACGUCACCAUCGGUGAGAACAGCUGUAUCAGCCUCACGCCCCGCACCAAGAAACGCAGCCUGCAGAGAGAGGAUGUCCACCUCCCCAAACCUCUCCAUCUCACUCCUGAUUCUGCCUCCCUCCCUGACCCCUCCCCCCACCUCCGCUCCGCCCCCACCAAGGGCGCUCAGCAGGCCAUCAAUGGGACAUUGUUGGGGGGGCAGGGGGACAGGUGUAGGGACAGCCAGGAUGGAGGGAUGGAGGUUAAGAAGGUGAAGAGAGAGUUGGGCGAGCAACAGCACCCUGCUGGAGGGGACUCUAGUCAGAACGGGGAGGUGAGUGCCUUCCCUGCCCCUGCCCAGUCCUGCGGGUCCCUACAGGGCUUCUACAGUGAAGGGAAUGGGAGUGGGACUGCGGAAAGCUCCAGAGGUCUUCCACCACACAAACCGAGUCACACCCAGACUCCGUCUGCUUCACUGCUCUCAGAACCCCGUGCCAACUCCUCCAACGACAGGCUGACCCUCCGUGCUGCAGCAUCCAGCCCUGGGUCGGGACCUCCAGAGGCAAUGCUCUCUACCCAGUCAGAAGCAGUGGAGCGGCUGAUCUCUGAGCUCCUGGAUGGGGCUGGGCCUGGGGAGGGGGGCCAGCAGGGGCCUGGGGACUCCAACGGCCAGGGCAUCAGCAUCGAGGCCUUCACCCAGGAACUCCGGGAGCUGGAGGACAGGGUGAGGGAGAGGAGCAAGGGGGUGGGGCUGUUCAGACAGCUGGAGGAAACCACCAGAGACCCCCACUCAGGGGAACCACCGCCCCCCUCUCUCCUGGACGCUGACCUGAUGGGGAGCGGGGUAGUGGCUGGAGUUGUGAGGGUGUUCAGGCCUCUAGGACAGCCAUCCACUCAGCCCUACACAGGUCCGUUCAUGGUGGUUCUGUUUGCCAAGCUGGAAAACAUGCUCCAGAACUCUCUGUAUGUAAACAUCCUGUUGACGGGUAUUCUGGGCCAGCUUGCCUGCUACCCUCAACCCCUGCUCCGAUCCUUCCUCCUCAACACCAGCAUGGUGUUCCAACCCAGCGUGAAGUCUCUCAUACAGGUCCUGGGCUCAGUGAAGAGCCGCAUCGAGACGUUUGCAGCGUCCCAUGAGGAUUUCCCUGCCAUGCUGAAGAAAGCCCAGCGCUACCUGGCUGCCAGGGGCAAGGUGGACUGGGCGGACUCACCCAUGGGGAUGCCCACACUGCGACGCUCUGAUUCUCUGGUGAAGAGCCGGAAACCUUCACUAGGCGACCUGAUCCUUCGCCACACCAACAGCCCCACGCGGGCACGCCACGCCGCCCAGCUCGCCCUGGCCCACGUACGAGACGGCGGCCAAUCGCUGCACAGUGCCCUGUUCCGGGGCGGGACUGGGGCGUCGGGGCUGGAGAAGCAGGCAGAGGCUCUGAGGGUGAAGAACGCCGUCUACUGCGCCGUCAUCUUCUCUGAGUUCCUCAAGGAGCUGGCCGCUCUGGCCCAGGAGCACGCUGUCUCCAUGCCCUUCCUCCAGAGCCACGACACCGAGGAGUGAUGCUGUCUCUCCACACCCUUCCUCCAGAGACACGACACCGAGGAGUGAUGCUGUCUCUCCACACCCUUCCUCCAGAGACACGACACCGAGGAGUGAUGCUGUCUGUCUCCAUGUCCUUCCUCCAGAGCCACGACACUGAGGAGUGAUGCUGUCUGUCUCCACACCCUUCCUCCAGAGACGCGACACUGAGGAGUGAUGCUGUCUCUCCACACCCUUCCUCCAGAGCCACGACACUGAGGAGUGAUGCUGUCUGUCUCCACACCCUUCCUCCAGAGCCACGACACUGAGGAGUGAUGCUGUCUCUCCACACCCUUCCUCCAGAGCCACGACACUGAGGAGUGAUGCUGUCUGUCUCCACACCCUUCCUCCAGAGCCACGACACUGAGGAGUGAUGCUGAAGGUUGCAACCCGAUUUCAACCCUCCUCCCAGAAGAUUGAGAAGCAUUGGAUUGGUUGUAAGCGUUGUCUAGAGGGAGUUCCUUUCCACCGUUGUUAAAUCUAGUGUACGUGACGUCUGGGCCUGUAUCCACAAAGCGUCUAAAAGACAGACAGGAUAGGGCAGGUAGACUGACAGACAGACAGACAGACAGUGGUUUGGAUAGCGCAGGUAGACUGACACACACAGACAGACAGACAGGAUAGGACAGGUAUACUGACACAAGAGACAGUGGUUAGGAUAGGACAGGUAGACUGACUCGUGAGACAGUGGUUAGGAUAGGACAGGUAGACUGACACAUGAGACAGUAUUUAGGAUAGGACAGGUAGACUGACGGGGAACUGGCAUCAGUUUAGAAUUUUACAUCAUAACGAAUAAGAUUGUCCUAGAUCC